AUGGCGGCUAUGGCUUCUCACGUUUCUACGGUUCGAUCACCGGCUCUUUCCCUCUCCUCUUCGUCUUCCUUCUUUCCCGGUACUUCUCUCCGUAGAUUCUCCGGCGUUUCACUCACUUCCCCGGCGAGCUUCUCUUCCCUCCGCCUUCGUGUUUCCUCUCAAGCCUCCUCCGUCACUUCUCCUUCUUCUACUUCCGAUGUGAAAGGAAAAUCUGACCUGAAAGACUUUCUUCACAUAGAUGAUUUUGACACAGCGACCAUAAAGAAGAUUUUAGACAAGGCUUCAGAGGUCAAGGCCCUGUUGAAAUCUGGGGAAAGGAAUUAUCAACCAUUUAAAGGGAAGUCUAUGUCUAUGAUCUUUGCAAAACCGUCAAUGAGGACUCGUGUAUCGUUUGAGACUGGCUUUUUCUUGCUUGGUGGACAUGCGUUGUAUCUAGGACCUGAUGAUAUUCAGAUGGGUAAAAGAGAGGAAACUCGUGAUGUUGCUCGUGUUCUCUGCCGCUAUAAUGACAUCAUUAUGGCUCGUGUGUUUGCUCAUCAGGACAUUCUUGAUUUGGCUAACUACUCGAAUGUACCAGUUGUCAAUGGUCUGACAGAUCAUAACCAUCCUUGCCAAAUCAUGGCCGAUGCCCUCACAAUGAUUGAGCACAUUGGUCAAGUCGAAGGGACUAAGGUUGUGUAUGUUGGAGAUGGGAACAAUAUGGUACACUCAUGGUUAGAAUUGGCAUCGGUUAUUCCUUUCCAUUUUGUCUGCGCUUGCCCAAAAGGGUUUGAACCAGACAAAGAAAGAGUUUUAAAGGCAGAACAAGCUGGAUUAAGUAAGAUAGAGAUCAUCAAUGAUCCUAAAGAAGCUGUCAUAGGAGCUGAUGUUGUGUACUCAGACGUAUGGGCCAGUAUGGGGCAAAAGGAUGAAGCUGAAUUCCGCCGUAAAGCAUUCCAAGGAUUCCAGGUGGAUGAAGCUCUUAUGAAGUUGGCUGGCCCAAAAGCCUAUUUCAUGCAUUGUUUGCCUGCAGAGAGAGGGGUUGAGGUCACCAAUGGAGUCGUGGAGGCUCCUUAUUCCAUUGUCUUCCCACAGGCAGAGAAUCGCAUGCAUGCACAAAAUGCGAUAAUGCUUCAUUUGCUCGGCUUUUAA